AUGGAGCUGGACCCCACAGGGACCCAGCAGCUGGCUGCUCACUUCUGCUCUGGGCAGACAGGGCUGCCCAUCCCUCUCCAGUCCCUGGUCCAGCUCAUCUACCCAAUCCUAACCCUUAUCUUCUUGCAGCGCCAAUUCGGGGCGCUCCUGCAGCCCGGCGUCAACAAGUUCUCCCUGCGGAUGUUCGGCAGCCAGAAGGCCGUGGAGCGCGAGCAGGAGCGCGUGAAGUCGGCGGGGGCCUGGAUCAUCCACCCCUACAGCGACUUCAGGUUCUACUGGGACUUCACCAUGCUGCUGUUCAUGGUGGGAAAUCUCAUCAUCAUCCCAGUGGGCAUCACGUUCUUCAAGGACGAGACCACCGCGCCGUGGAUCGUCUUCAAUGUGGUCUCGGACACUUUCUUUCUCAUGGACCUGGUGCUGAACUUCCGUACUGGCAUUGUGAUUGAGGACAACACGGAGAUCAUCCUGGACCCCGAGAAGAUAAAGAAAAAGUACCUGCGCACGUGGUUUGUGGUAGACUUCGUGUCGUCCAUCCCGGUGGACUACAUCUUCCUCAUCGUGGAGAAAGGCAUUGACUCUGAGGUCUACAAGACGGCGCGCGCGCUGCGCAUCGUGCGCUUCACCAAGAUCCUCAGCCUGCUGCGGCUGCUGCGUCUAUCGCGGCUCAUUCGCUACAUCCACCAGUGGGAGGAGAUUUUCCACAUGACCUACGACCUGGCAAGUGCGGUGAUGCGCAUCUGUAACCUGAUCAGCAUGAUGCUCCUGCUGUGCCACUGGGACGGCUGCCUGCAGUUCCUGGUGCCCAUGCUGCAAGACUUCCCCAGCGACUGCUGGGUGUCCAUCAACAACAUGGUGAAUCACUCGUGGAGCGAACUCUACUCCUUCGCGCUCUUCAAGGCCAUGAGCCACAUGCUGUGCAUCGGCUAUGGGCGGCAGGCGCCCGAGAGCAUGACGGACAUCUGGCUGACCAUGCUCAGCAUGAUCGUGGGGGCCACCUGCUACGCCAUGUUCAUCGGCCACGCCACGGCCCUCAUCCAGUCCCUGGACUCCUCCCGGCGCCAGUACCAGGAGAAGUACAAGCAAGUAGAGCAGUACAUGUCCUUCCACAAGCUGCCCGCGGACUUCCGCCAAAAAAUCCACGACUACUAUGAACACCGGUACCAGGGGAAGAUGUUUGACGAGGACAGCAUCCUUGGGGAGCUCAACGGGCCGCUGCGUGAGGAGAUCGUGAACUUCAACUGCCGGAAGCUGGUGGCUUCCAUGCCGCUGUUUGCCAACGCAGACCCCAACUUCGUCACCGCCAUGCUGACAAAGCUCAAGUUCGAGGUCUUCCAGCCCGGCGAUUACAUCAUCCGAGAGGGGACCAUCGGCAAGAAGAUGUACUUCAUCCAGCACGGGGUGGUGAGCGUGCUCACCAAGGGGAACAAGGAGAUGAAGCUGUCCGACGGCUCCUAUUUCGGGGAGAUCUGCUUGCUCACAAGGGGCCGGCGCACGGCCAGUGUGCGGGCCGACACCUACUGCCGCCUCUACUCACUGAGUGUCGAUAAUUUCAACGAGGUGCUGGAGGAGUACCCCAUGAUGCGGCGUGCCUUCGAGACCGUGGCCAUUGACCGCCUGGACCGCAUCGGCAAGAAGAACUCCAUCUUGCUGCACAAGGUUCAGCACGACCUCAGCUCGGGCGUGUUCAACAACCAGGAGAACGCCAUCAUUCAGGAGAUCGUCAAGUACGACCGGCAGAUGGUGCAGCAGGCGGAGCUGGGUCAGCGCGUGGGGCUCUUCCCACCGCCGCCGCCGCCGCAGGUCACCUCAGCCAUCGCCACGCUGCAGCAAGCCGUGGCCAUGAGCUUCUGCCCACAGGUGGCGCGCCCGCUCGUGGGGCCCCUGGCACUCGGCUCCCCACGCCUCGUGCGCCGCGCACCCCCAGGGCCUCCCGGCGGCCGCGCACGGGAGAGGGAGGGGCGCGAUCACCUCGGUGCCUCAGCCCCAAUUGGGGACGGGGACGGGGCGGCCCUGGCCGAGGAGGAAUAUGGAUCAAGUGCAAUACUCGGCCCGCCGGCUUCCCGCUGCCCCAGCCCGGCAAGCUCACGCAAUAACCAGCCUGGCCCCUGCCCACGCGUCCGAGUCACCUUCCUCGGGCACCCAGGGGUGGGCUUCACGGCCAAGCCGGCGUGGGGGCGAGGCUGGGUCCCCGCCGUCGCCAUGAAUGUACUGACGAGCCGAGGCAGCAGCGGCCCCCAUGCCCCAUUAACCCACACCCCAUUCCGCGCAAUAAACGACAGCAUUGGCGCCCAGCGCCGUGUCUGGUUGCUUUGGUGGGUUUGCGCGACGCCAGAAAGUGGCAGCUGGAGUAAGUGA